GCAAUCAAGAUGACACCAUGCCUAUCUCAAUUUCUCUCUGUACGUGAGGAAAUCUUACAAACCUGGCAAAGAUUUAAGUGAACACAAGAUUUAGAUGACCUUUUCCAGUUUUCUCCUGGCAUUCGCUGUAAUGCUGUAAUAAUGACUAUUUGCGACUAUCCGCUAUCUGACUGGACUGCGACGCUAGAAAAUACUCGAGGGUAUUAAAAGAAAAACUAUGGGAAGUAAUAUUUAAGAUGCUUGGUUUCCUAUCACGAAUGGGUUGCCACAUGAAGCUACCAUUUGCCGACUCUUAAAAAGUCGAACAAACGUUAUGAAAUAUGUAACCAAACUUGGACUCUUUUUCUUGUCGGUUCAAAAAUGAUGAAUUCUGGUAGGUGCAGCCUUUACGGUAUUUUCGCUGUUGGAGGUCCCCGGAUACUCAGUGUUGGUAUUCACCAUGGUUUAGCAGCAACCUUCAUUACAGAACAUUAUUUGUACGUUGGUGAGAAGCGUGGAGGGCAGAAUCUCAAACCGAGUGAUUGUUAUCUUUGGAAGAGACUAUUAAAAACCGCCGUCAGUCCACCUUUGCCUAUGGCUUCUUUCCACUUCUACUCAUUUAUAAAACUGCAUGUUUUUGGGUUAAUGAUGUUUGUUGUUCCACUUUCAAGUUUAAAAGUUGUGGUAUCAAAGCCAAUUAAUCUUAUUUAUCUAUUUUCUUGUACAUCUAUCUAAAUUGUUUUACAAAGUGUCUGAAUAAGGAUAUUUUUGUCACGCAAAAAACUUGCACUAAUUAACAUCAAAACAAUAACCGAGCAAAAAUUGGUACCGGUUCAAAGACCGCAAAACUACUUUCUUUCGAGCAGGUGUUACCCGACACUUAAUGAACUAAAACUUCCUAAUAUAUUUGUUACGUUAUAAUUCCACUAUCAAGCCAUUUUGCCAUAUUAGGGCAACAAGAACGUUAAAAAUAUGCGAUGAUGAGAACAUUAAAAAUAAACAGAGCAUCAAAAAUUUUAGGGACGUAUCGAACGAUCAUACAUUUGAUUUUACCCCUGUCUUAGGCUUAACUAUUUAAGCAGCGAACGUUUAAGCACAUCAGAUCAUAAAGAAUACUAAUUCAUGUAUCCGAUCGAUACGAUGCUCAGAUAUGGCCUUAGGAGGAGUUUCGAAGACCAGAAACCCACAUACCAGAAAAUGGAGCACUUUUGGAAUAAUAAAUCGCGUUUUUGAUAGUUUACCAUAAAAUAUGAGUGGGAAUUUAAUUCAUUGCUCGUAUUUUUCCAUUUCCCUUCCGGGCCUUGAAAAAUACAAUUCUACUCGCAAAAAAUCUGAGCGGAUUCUGUGUCAAACCAUCGGAUGAGGUAUGUGUACUUAAUGACAAAACAUCGAAUGAGGUGUAGACGUUCGAUCUUUGUUUAAUAUUUGGAUUGUUGGUUGAAAUAAGCAUCACUUAAAGGAAAGAAAUUAAAAAAAUCCAAGAAAUGAACUGAUUCGAACAAAAAGGAAACAGAAUCAGUUUA